AUGCAUUUCCUCCAGAACGCUUUCGUGGCCGCCACUAUGGGCGCUGCGCUGGCCGCCGCCGCUCCUCUUGAGAAGCGCUCCUGCACUUUCACCUCCGCCUCUGCUGCCAAGUCCGGCAAGUCCUCUUGCUCCACCAUCACCCUCGACAACAUCGCGGUCCCCGCCGGUGAGACUCUUGACUUGACUGGCCUCAAGAAGGGUACUACCGUCAUCUUCGAGGGUGAAACCACCUUCGGUUACAAGGAAUGGAAGGGUCCCCUGAUCUCCAUGUCCGGUACCGACAUCACCGUCAAGCAGGCCUCCGGUGCCAAGAUUAACUGCGACGGUGCUCGCUGGUGGGACGGCAAGGGUAGCAACGGUGGCAAGACCAAGCCCAAGUUCUUCCAGGCCCACAAGCUCGACGAGUCCAGCAUCACCGGCCUGAAGAUCUACAACACCCCUGUCCAGGGCUUCAGCAUCCUGGCCGACCACCUGACCAUCACCGACGUGACCAUCGACAACUCCGCCGGUACGAGCAAGGGCCACAACACCGAUGCCUUUGAUAUUGGUCAGAGUACCUACAUCACCAUCGACGGUGCCACCGUCUACAACCAGGAUGAUUGCCUGGCCAUCAACUCGGGUGAGCACAUCACUUUCACCAACGGUUACUGUGACGGUGGCCACGGUCUCUCCAUUGGUUCCAUCGGUGGCCGCAGCGACAACACCGUCAACGACGUGACCAUCUCCAACUCCAAGGUGCUCAACUCCCAGAACGGUGUCCGUAUCAAGACCAUCUACGGCAAGACCGGCACUGUCGAGAACGUCAAGUUCGAGGACAUCACCCUGUCCGACAUCAGCAAGUACGGUAUCGUCGUUGAGCAGGACUACGAGAACGGCAGCCCCACCGGCACGCCCACCAACGGUGUCAAGGUUGAGGACAUCACUUUCAAGAAGGUCACCGGCAGCGUCAAGAGCUCUGGUACUGACAUCUACAUCCUGUGCGGUUCCGGCAGCUGCUCGAACUGGACCUGGAGCGGUGUUGAUGUGACUGGCGGCAAGAAGAGCAGCAAGUGCAAGAACGUCCCCUCGGGCGCUUCCUGCAGCGACUAA